AUGGCGCCUCGAGAAAGAAGCACCGAGUCCGUCACGGAUGGCGCCGCGGUUUCUUACCCACAACGACUCCUCUCGCAUCGCGAGUCGGGUUCCGUCUCCGGGUCGCGGUUCUGGUUCAGAAAUUCAUUCCCUUUCCUCCCGUCCUUCCCACGGUCGCACCCUACUAAGAGUGCAAUCAUGCAGGAGCAGCAGCAGCAGCCGCAGCAGCCACAGCAGCAGCAGCAGCAGCAGCAGCAGCAGCAGCAGCAGCAGCAGCAGCAGCAGCAGCAGCAGAGCCAAGCGCAACAGCAGCACACGCGGCACGAGGCGCAUCACGAGCUCCCUGCCACUCAUGCCACGUCAGAGCGGCCCGGGCGAGUGGUGGUGGAAGGCGAAAGCGUCGCGCCUUUUCUGGAGAAGCAACCCGGAAAGAUCGCCCUGCCCGCCCAGUCCGCUGAAUCUGCCGGCCACGGCUCGUCUGAGGCAGGCUUAUCUGAGGGCGGUGUAUCUGAGGGUGGUUUACCCAGUGAAGGUGGGUAUUCCGGCCUCGCAGCUCCUGCUAGAGAGAAAUUAGAAUCUUUGGAGGAGUUCAGAGUGGUUGGAAAGGGUGGGAAGGUCAAAGGGGGUGACAAAGGGGAGCCAGUGGAGCUGGAAGCACGUGGCGUGCAGGGAUUGGCCGAGGAGGAAGGAUCUGCAGCUCGUGAGACCAAGACAGGAGGGAAAGCGCAUGAGCGUGCUCCUGGAGUUGCGAAGGAAGCUUCGGAGAAGGCUGGAGAGAUGCCGAAGGGGGAAGCAGGAGCAGAGCAAGAGCGGGGACCUCUGGCUGGGGAGAAAGAGAGGGCAGGGGCGGAGGGGAAAGAAGGGGCGGGGGCGGAGAGGAAGGAGGGAGCAGGGAUUAAGGAGAAAGAAGGGGUUGGGGUAACGAAAGAAGAGGAGCCAGGGGCGGAAUCUGCUUUCAUGCGCGGGGUGGAUGAGGGGGAAGCUGGGGGGCGGCGCACUGGCGCUGGGGGGGCGGAAGGGGGGAUUGAGGCGCAGGAGACUGGUGGGUGGCAGGCGGAGAGGGGAGGCGAGGAGGUGAGGCGGCUGGAGGAGGGGGUGGGGAAGCUGUCCCUGGGGGAGAAGGGGGCGCAGCAGAGCAAGGGGGAAACGGCGACUGGUAAAGGGGCGGAAGGGGAAGGGGGGAAGGGUGGAGAGGGAGGGGUUUCUGGAACGCCUGAGGAGCAGCCCGAGGUGGAAGGGGUGGAGCAGGGAAUGAGGAGGCUGGCAGUGUCUGGUCAAGGCGGGGAGAGUGGUGGGGAGGAACGGAAGGAGAGGGGGAAGGAGGGCGGUGGGGCGGAGGUGGGCGAGGCAGAAGGUGGUGUUCGGGUUGUGGCGGGUGGAGGGCCUGUGGAGAGGGCACAGGAUGUUGCCACGUCAGCUUGGACCAGCACCACUGGAGCAAUUGCAGAUACUGUCAAGGUGCUGGGUUCCCUUACUGGAUUCGCACCCACCAGUACCGAAGUGCCUGCCAAUGCUGCCCGAGGCUCAGGUGGCGUACAGGAGCGUACUGCACAAUCCCAGGAGUGA